CGUACCAACGAUUGCAAAGAAGAAAUGGUGGAGAUUUGCAGUGAAGAUUAGAAAGCAACAUGCUCAAAACAAAAAUAUUAGCUUCCGGUGUAUUGUUUGCUCUCAAGAAGUUCAUGGCAAGGGAAUUGGUUUUAUGCAACAGCACCUCCAAGAAUGCCCGAUGAUGAAUACAAGCAAGGCUGAGGACAUAUACAAUGGCAUACUGAAGAUGGGCGCGCCAAUAAACAAUCUUGUUCAGCAAGCAGCUGGAAAGGCCGAAGCCAUGAAGAGCUUUUAUGCCAACUUGGAACUUGCUCGGCAAAUUUCUCUUGCAUCAAAUCAAGCCAGUAUGCUCCCAACUGUCCUAAACAACGUCAAGCAUUUUGCAGAGAUUGUCUUCUAUAUGGGUGGAUCUCCAACUAGGAGUGAGUUUGCGGCAGUAGGAGCAGCGCAAGUAACCGGGCUUGAGCCUCCCACUUAAUGGUACCUCCAUAUCAGCAAACGAAUUCCAAUUCAAAUUCUGGUCUCACUAUGACUACAACCCAUAGAGCUGGAGAUGCAGUCAACAAUAGACCAAUUGUACCUCCAAGUGGCGAACCAAAUUCAGGUCCAACUUCUAGCCUCAUUAUCACUGCGACCCAUAGAGCUGGAGAUGCAGGUGGGGUGUCAAAUGCAGGUCCAGCUUCUAGCCUCACUAUGACUGCGGUCCACAGAGCUAGAGGUGCGGUGCCAGGUUCCUCUCCAAUUUCUGGUGAAGCCGAAGAAUCAAAUGCUGCUGAUAUCUCUCGCACCUCCAGUUUGCAUCCAGGCACCAGAUCGCAUGGUCAAGUUCGAUCUCCUACUUCCAACACAGCUAUCGUCGUUGUACCAACUGCUAGCCAAACUGAUGAGGGAGCAGCCACUUGGGAAGAACUAGGUCUUGGCAACAUCAUGGGUGACGACAUUCUUGAUUAUGGUCCUGCUGCUUCAAACACAAGGCUCGAAUUCCCAACUGAUGAGCAAGCAGCCACUUGGGAAGAACCAGGUCUUGGCAACAUCAUGGGUGACGGCAUUCCUGAUUAUGGUCUUGCUGCUUCAAACACAAGGCUCGAAUUCCCAGAUGAUGAGACUUCAUUAGCUAACAUAACUUUUACACCGGACGGGAGUCCAUUUGGCUUAUAGGAUGCGCUGAAUGAAUGAAGGGCUGAAAGAAACAGUUUUCAUUCAAUUUUGAAGUGAUAGUGAUAGGAAGUACUGAAGUCCUGCGGCAUUUAGGUGGUGAGGGAUUAAUAGGAUUUUGUAGUUUUGGGUUUUGUCCACGACACGGAGCUUGAGAACCAUUCCCUCGAACUCAGGGAUGUUCUAUUGGGGGGCUUUGAGGGUGGUCAGAAGUCUGCUAGGUUCAAAGAGCUGGUGCUGAAGAGGGUGGCUUGGCUCAAAAUGCUCAUCGUCCUCUUGGGAACAUGUAAGG